CCUCACAAAUCCCUCCUCCACCUGAAACAUUUUCUCUCACUUUCUCGAGAAAAUAUAACUUCAGAACUUUUCAGAGUUAGUUUGACUUCAAACGUGGGAAAAAAUGGCCGGAAGUCUUGUAAAAUGCAGCAAGAUCCGUCACAUUGUGAGACUCAGACAAAUGCUCCGGCGAUGGCGUAACAAAGCGCGGUUAUCUUCGGUCAGCCGUUGUGUACCGUCGGAUGUUCCAUCUGGACACGUGGCAGUUUGUGUGGGUAGCGGUUGCAGGAGAUUUGUGGUGCGUGCGUCGUACCUGAACCAUCCUAUCAUAAGCAAUCUUCUGGUUCAAGCUGAGGAAGAGUUUGGUUUUGCUAACCAAGGACCGUUGGUUAUUCCUUGCGAAGAAUCGGUUUUCGAAGAAGCGAUCCGGUUUAUAUCCCGGUCUGAUUCUUCUCGGUCUAGCCGGUUUACUUGUCCUGAUGAUCUUCAGAAAUGUAACGGAGGGAUCAAAAUCAAAAGCAAGCUAGAUCUGAUGAUUGAAUCUCGACCGUUGCUUCAUGGCGUCGCUGAGAAAGCUAUCUGGUGAUCCGACGGUGCAGAUUGUUGUCAGUUCGUAUGAUUCUGACCCGGUUUGACUCGGUACGAGUUUAAUCGCCAUGGAAGGAAGUACAGAAGAAGGCGAGUUUUUGAAUAAAUCGUCAUUGACUCGGCUGAGUUUUACCACCGAGUCGGGUGGGUACUAACUUUUUAAUCGGGUUCGGGUCUUUUUAAUUUUUGAUUUAUAUAUUUAAUUAUAUUGGGUACUCACUGAGUCGAGUCAGACGAUCGAAGGAGAUGGCGGUUAAAGGUGGGUGAGUCGUACGUACGUACCACCGAGUCAUCCCUGGUUCGAAUCCGAGUUUCAAAAUGGUAAAUGUAAAUAAGACAAAUGUACUGAAAUGGGUUCAUGGAAAAGAAGAGAGAAAGUGAUUUUGAUUCAGUGCUUUAGAUUCGAAUAUUGUCACUUUUCUCUGUAAAUUUUAUAAUCGAAAUUUAUGCUAAGUACUUUUCAUAAUCUCUGUUUUCUUAAAGAAGUUGAUGUGCUGAAUUUAUUACAGUCAAAAUA